AUGUCUGGGCAAGUGCUGCUGUGUAUCCAGGGGUGUGACAGCAGUAUGUGGGUUAGAGCUGCUCUUAGGGCCACUGGCCCCCAGGGCCUCCUGCAGGACAGCCACAAUGGUAGCCCCAGGCCAGAUGCCAUAGCUGGGAUUCCCACCCGUAACCGGGACGCCUUGGUCCAGGGCACAGACACACUGGCAGCAGCUCCACAAUCAAUUCAUCAAUCUCUGAGAGAUGGCAACUGCAAAAGGCCACAGCAGUCACCCUCACAGUGGGCGCUGGACGAGACAUGGCCACCAGGGAUGACACUGGUGCUGACACUACGGAGGUAUUGUGAAAUCGCCAAUUCUGCAGAAAGCACUGAGUCUGACCCACAUGCCACGCCUGAUUCAGACUUUGGAACAGAGGGAGUGCUGCGGAUUCAUUUGUUGGAGGCACAGAACCUCAUUGCCAAGGACAACUUCAUGGGGGGCAUGGUGAAGGGAAAGAGUGACCCAUAUGUGAAGAUCCGUGUGGCCGGUAUCACUUUCAGAAGCCACACCAUCAAAGAAAACCUCAACCCCAUUUGGAAUGAGCUCUAUGAGGUGAUAUUGACUCAACUGCCUGGUCAGGAGAUUCAGUUUGAGUUAUUUGACAAGGACAUUGACCAGGAUGACUUUCUAGGAAGGUUUAAACUAAGCCUACGAGAUAUCAUAAGCGUGCAAUGUAUUGACACGUGGUACACUCUAAAUGAUGUGAAGUCUGGACGUGUGCACCUUGUACUUGAGUGGUUACCCCGAGUUACAGACUUAUUCAGACUGGAACCGGUCCUGCAGUAUCAGUCACAGCAGUCGUAUCAGAACAAGGCUGUGCCAUCGUCCGCUCUCCUGUUUGUCUAUGUGGAGCGGGCUCACGGUCUGCCGCUAAAGAAAAAUGGGAAGGAGCCAAAAGCUGGGGCCGAGGUUAUCCUUAAAAAUGUAUCUUACAAGACAAAGAUUUUUGAGCGCUCAACCUCUCCACGAUGGGAUGAAGCUUUUCAUUUCCUAGUGCGGGACCCCCGAGAUGAAAUCCUCACUGUGAAGCUCUCGCACAGCUGGGGCCAGGGUCUUGGCUCAGUCACACUCCCGCUCAGACAGGUCCUCUCUGAGCCUGGGUUACUUCUUGAUCGUUGGUUCAGUCUGGAUGGAGCUCUGCCAGAAAGCCAAAUACUACUGAGGUUUACACUUAAGAUCCUUGACACUCAGCUGGCAUUGUGUCGUAAGGUGGAAGGUGAUGUCAUCAUUGAUGAAGUUAUACCCAAAUGGGACCCUUCCCAUCUUGACCUCAAACACAGAGGCGGUCUUUCAAUUGCUGGAGAAAAUGGUGGUGGUGUUGCUGGACAAGUGAAGCUUACUAUUGGAUACUCCAUAGAGGAGAGCAGGCUUUUCAUCACUAUACAUGCUUGCAGGGCCCUGGCACCCUGCUCUAAGGAUGGAGCAGAUCCUUAUGUUUCCUUCGUGCUUCUACCUGAUAAAAAAGCUACAACUAAAAGACGAACUGCCACAAAGAAGAGAGACCUGAACCCUGAGUUCAAUGAGAGAUUUGACUUUGAUUUCUCACUGGAGGAGUCUGCCCAGAGAAAACUGGACCUUUCUGUGAAGCACAAUGUCUCCUUUAUCAGCAGAGAGAGGGAGCUCAUCGGCAAGAUGCAGCUGGAUAUGGACCAAAUUGACCUCAAGACUAGUGUGACCCAAUGGUAUGACCUGGUGGCAGAAGCCAAUUAGAAGAAAUUAUGCCUGCUUAAUCUUCAGCUAUACAACAUUUAGUGUUGCUUCAGUUGUCUGUGAUUUGUGAGUGUUCAGCUUAAAUAGAAAUCACCACCUUCACUGAAGAAAAGAUGAAAACCUUUUCAACAAAAGGUCCAACUGUAUUUAAGAACAGAAAUGUUUAUCACCCAUGAAGCAUUAACUGUGACAUGUUCAUCUUAACCAGCGUUCUUCAGUCAAAUUUAGCUGAAAAGAUAUGUAGAAAAAGGAAACCAUGAUGCAAUUGCACCAGACAGUAUGUGUAACCGCAUAUAUCACAAUAGUCUGUGUGUGAGUUACUGUUGUGGAUAGGGGAAAAUGACCAAAUGAAUGAUUAUUUUUGUUUUAGCUCUUUUUAUUCCUUUUUAACUGCAAAUUAAAGACUUGUGUGUUUGUAUGUUUGCCUUAAGUAUUAUGAAACUGUGCACAGAUUGUCAGUAUUGGAUUAUUUUGUUUCAGAUGAAAUUUUAUAUGUUUUAAACAGAGAUUUAUGAAAUUACACUUUUAUAAAUUAUGUAUUUAACUCAGACCCGUAUAGAGACUAGUGAAGACAGAAAUGCAAAUCACUGUGCUUUCUUAAAGAUUACCGUAGCCUAGAUGUAAAUGCCACUGCCAUUGCCAUGCUGCUUAUUGCUUGUACUAUGCUUACAGUUAUUUAGGCUGUACCUUUGACCUCACACAAAGCAUGAAAAUAUGCUUGGCUCUACUGAAAAUGUGAUUGUGAAAAGAAGCAAAAUGCUUCACAAAUAGAAAACGUGCUGUUUUGCGAUGUUGCAUAUGACGAUUCUGCUGAUUCUGCUGAUUAAAAUUUGCACUUGAGUCAAA